AUGGCUGUACUGAUAAUGGCUCAGCAAGGCGUGCCCAACAAUGCCACUACUAACAACAGUAGCCAGCAGCAGAAACAGAAGCAAGAAGAGCAGCUAUUGAAGCCCAUCUUUCAUGACUUUCUGGGCAUGAAGCCUGGUGAUUCCCCUGUCGUUUUGGCCCCCAAAGCCUCUGAUUGUAGGCUCUCUGAGGUCUCACCCUCAGCUUCUGCUUCACUUGGGGCUUCUUCGGGUGGUGGCCGUGGGCCCAUCUCUACCACCUCUGAUCUGGGUUCUGAAAGACAAGCUGGAAAUCAUCUUGAGGGUGUUCCAUUCUAUGGUCCGAGGAGUGAUAUUUCUGGGCCUGAGAUAAGUAACAGGUUACUAGGAAGUAAGAGGAGUAAUUCAGACUCCACUUUUAAGGGCUCAUCCAGAGAUGGGGUCCCUCAUACCGGUCCUGACUCCCUUGAGAGCUCGCAUUUGAUGAAGAUGCUUCGAAAUGGACCAGGGGGAGAGCGACCUAGAAGGUCCAAUGAUGAUGAAGCACCUCCACUUGGUGGUAGAGUUGAUACCAAUAUUUCCAAAUGGGACAGAUCUACUCCCAUGAAUCUGGGUGCUGCAGUACAGUACCCUCCACGAGGAGGUCAUUUCGUACCCUUUGUGCAUCAAUUACCUUCAAACAGAUUUAGGGAUGCCAAUGCCAGUCCAGCUAAUAUCUCUCAAUCAGCUGCUGAUGAGGGAUCUAGAACUGGAAUCAAAGGCCCGGGAAUUUUGAGUUCCAUUAAUGCCAGCAGUAGUGCUCCUGAAAGAAACUCUUCUGGGGUGCUGCCUAGUGGCAGCAGGCAGAAAUCUGGGACUAAUAUUUUAGAGCCAGAACCUUCUACUCCAAGUCGACAUGGAUUUACAUCUGCUGGUCGGCAGAUGACCAUAUUCUAUGGCGGUCAAGCUCACGUCUUCGAUGAUGUCCAUCCGAACAAGGCUGACGUUAUAAUGGCCUUAGCUGGAUCAAAUGGAGGAUCUUGGUCGACAACAUACUCACUAAAACCCACUGCGAGGCCGGGCAGUGAAAAUCACAUGCCUAGUGGAGAGGUUGAAGCUGGUACUGCAAGUAACAUAGCAUUGUUGCGAGAAUACCGUGGUAGAUUAUGCAUUCCUGGAAAUUCUAGUCAAGCAGUGGGUUUUGCUGAUCGAGUAUUGACACCGGCAGGUGGCCAUCAAGGCAGCAAUUUAGCCAAAGAUACGAGAAACACAAUUCAAGCAGCAGAACCCAGUUCUAAAGAGAAAAAUGAUCCUUGA